UUAAGGUAAAUACUCUUUUCACUUAUGUCAUCAUUAAAUAAUUUCCUUUAUUUACAAGCUGGACUCGGAGUCUUAGCCAAUAUGUUUCUUUUUUUUUUCUACACUUCCAUAAUCCUGGGUCAUAGACCUAAGCCCAUGGACCUGAUCUCCUGUCAAUUGACCCUCAUUCACAUAAUGAUGGUCCUCACUGGAGGGAACAUUUGGCUUACAGAUGUAUUUGCAUCACUGAACAUUAAAAAUGACUUCAAAUGUAAAACAACAUUUUACAUAAACAGGGUGAUGAGAGGCCUCUCCAUCUGCACCACCUGCCUCCUGAGUGUGUUCCAGGCUGUCACUAUCAGUCCCAGUACCUCUUUGUUGGCAAAAUUUAAACAUAAAUUAAAAAAAUACAUGAUCAAUGCUCUCGUCUCUAUUUGGUCUUUCAAUUUGUCCUUCAGUAGUAGGUGGAUCUUCUAUGCUGGUGGUUUUACCAACAUGAGUGAGACCAGCCAGAUGAGGGUCACUAAAUCCUGUGCACUCUUCCCCAUGAACUACAUCACCAGGGGAUUGAUUUUAACAGUGACAACCUCCAGAGAUGUGCUUCUUGUAGGAGUCAUGCUGACCACAAGCACAUACAUGGUGAUCAUCUUGUUCAGACAUCAGAGGCAAUGCAAGCAUCUUCAUAGCAUCAGCCACCUAAGAGUGUCUCCUGAGAAAAGGGCCACCCAGACCAUCUUGUUCCUGGUGGUUUUAUUUGUGGUCAUGUACUGGGUGGACUUCAUCAUCUCAUGUACCUCAGUCUUUUUAUGGAUGUAUGACCCAGUCAUCUUGACUGUUCAGAAGAUUGUGAUGAAUACCUAUCCCACAAUUACUCCUUUGGUACAAAUCAGUUCUGAUAAGAGAAUAAUCGAUGUGAUGAAAAACUUGAGGUCAAAGUGCAUGAGAUUUUUUUAAAAGGGCAAUUUUCUCUUCUUUUUAAAAAGACAUUUAUUUGUUUUCAUUUAUACAUAAGAGUUUUGGGCCAUCAUGUAUGUA